AUGGGCGUGAUUCGAAAGAAGACCGCCACGCGCGGCGGCGAAGGCGGAGUCAAAUACCACUGUGAUGUCUGCUCAGUGGACAUCACAUCAACCGUGCGCAUCAGAUGCGCGCAUAGCGCAUGCCCCGACUACGAUCUCUGUGUCAGUUGCUUCUCUCAAGGCAGCUCAAGCGGCAACCACAAACCGGAUACCCACCCGUUCCGCGUCAUCGAACAAAACUCCUUCCCCAUAUUUGAUGCCGACUGGGGCGCGGACGAGGAGCAGCUCAUGCUGGAGGGCGCUGAGACGUACGGUCUCGGAUCGUGGGCCGACAUUGCUGACCACAUUGGCGGCUUCCGUAACAAGGACGAAGUACGCGAUCAUUAUCUCAAAGUCUACGUCGACUCGCCGGCGUUCCCUCUGCCGAAAAGAUGCAGCCCGCACGACAUGGAACUGGCCAACGAGAUUUCAAGAGAAGACUUUCAAGCGAAGAAGAAGGCAAGGAUCGAGGAGCGCAAAGAGGCUGCUAAAAACGCCCCAGCCCUCCAGCCCAAAACAAAACCAACGGCGUCAGUACCAUCUUGCCACGAGAUUCAAGGAUACAUGCCUGGUCGUCUCGAAUUCGAAACAGAGCACGCAAACGAGGCAGAAGAGGCGGUGCAACUCAUGCAGUUCGAUCCAGGUGAUGGUAUCAACGAGCGAACCGGCCAGAUCGAGCCGGAGAUGGAUCUGAAACUCACCGUCAUGGAUAUCUACAAUGCACGACUCACACAACGUGUGAACCGCAAAAAGGUCAUUUUCGAGCACAACCUGCUAGAAUAUAGGGAGAACAAUAAGCAGGAGAAGAAGAAGAGCAAGGAAGAGAGAGACCUCCUGACGAAAGCCAAGCCGUUUGCACGGAUCAUGAACCACGACGAUUUCGAGGAGCUCAACAUCGGACUUAUGGAUGAGCUCAACCUCCGACAAGCCAUCGGACAGCUACAAGACUGGCGCAACAUGGGCAUUGGCGACCUUCGAAGCGGCGAGAAAUAUGAGCAAGAAAAGGCAUCACGCGUGCAGAAGGCUGUGCCCAUGGGUUCCAUGGACCGCGACCGUCUGGCGUCUGUCCAACGUAGCAAGGCUGCCGCCGCCGUGCCGGAUCCACCGAGCGGUGCAGCUCAGCUCCUGGCGCCCGAGCUGUCGAUUCGUCUGGCGCCACAGACAAAUGGGGUCAACGGCGAGACUGGUGAGACAAAACCCACAAUCAACGGUCACGGCGACGUUGCCUCGACAAACGGCAGCGUCGUGGUUGCCAACGGCACAGGCCCCGUCACGCGCCCGAAGUCCAUGCCAACACCUAUUGCCGGCAUCACGCCCAUGACUCUCACUCAAGAGUCGGCGCCAGACCUACAUCUGUUGACGCCCGAAGAAGUCAAGCUCUGCGAGAUUGUGCGACUGCAGCCCAAGCCAUACAUUAUGAUCAAGGAACAGAUCAUGAGCCACGCGGUCAAGGGUAAUGGCGCGCUUAAGAAGAAGCAGGUCCGUGAGAUCUGCCGACUGGACUCACACAAGGGUGGCCGUAUUUUUGACUUUUUCGUCACGGCGGGCUGGAUCGGUCGGGCUUGA